UCAGGUUUCACAACAGAAAGAACUCUAGAGCAGAGAGACAGGACGCUGGCAAGGCCAGGUUGAGUUCAGGAAUGUUUGCACGUCACAGGGUGGAGAGGAGGACAGAGGGAGGGAACCAAACAGAGUAGGGACAAAGAGCAGGAAAGAGAGAGAGAGUGAGUCAUAAAUGCAAUAAUUACUGCUUCGGUACACCUAAGUCAAGUGACUUUCCCGGUUCCACAGGCUGCCUACGUAGCUAACAACGCUCCUGUCCCUCUUACAGAGGGGAGAGAGGACCUACUCACAGAGUUGCUGUUUUGUACAGUAGUCAUUGCUGAGAUUUAUUUGUCACUACAACUAGGCAUGCUUUUCUAGGCAUGGAUUUGCUCCUGGAUUCUGGAUAACUAUAAUUAUUUAUCCCAAUUCCAAAAGAAUUUUCUUAACUCACUUAAAAAAAAAAAAAAAAAAAAAAAAAAAAAAAAGGAACAGAAAUCAAUUACCCUAUCUGUGACUGCUAUGUUCAGGGGCAAGUGGGGGCAGAAGUCACAGGAAACUCAGGCAAAGCAUCUAACAGCUGUUGCUCACCCCAGCCAUGAGGAGGACGAUGAAGAGGAUGACUCCAAAGCUGGUUUCAGCAGAGAGCCUAUUCGCAGGAACUCACGCUUUUACAGGUCAAUGAGGAAGAAGAGGCUGGCCUCAUCUGAACAGUUUGAAAAUUCUGCUAAGUCUGGUAUGAACCACAGUCCAUCAAACACAGAAGGAGUCUCUACUUCAAAUGCUUUCCUACCACACAAAUCACCUUUGUUGCCCGGGGCUAGACGCCCUCAGCUUUCACUACAGCUCCAUCACUCCAGAACUGUGUUGCCAAGCAAUGGUGAGGCCAGCAGUGGACAUGCUCUGUACAACAGGGAUGCUGUGGAUAGUGCAAGAGGAGGUGUGGGAGGAGGGAAAAGUGUGGCCAUAUCUGCCUCCUCCAACAACCAGCAUAAAGAUCUUACAGCUGACGUGAUGGCUUACCGGACUCACAGCAUUCAUAGCAGAGACAUAAAAAUGCUCUCUGAGCAAACAGCUGCAGCUUGCACUGUGCAGGAGGUCAGAGGGAAAACCACAAGCCCACAACAGCCCAUUUCUGGUGGAGCAGACCAGGAUAACGUCAACCUCAGGUUGCUGAGCAAUGGAGAUAGCUCCCAGACAAGCUACCACAACCUGAGCAUCAUCAAAAACAUUGCCUUCCUGUACCAGGAAUACCGGGAUACCUCCAAGCAGCAGGAGAUUGAGCAACGACGCCAACGUGAGAACCUUACUCCUCAGGUUAUGGCAGGGAGUGUGGAGACAGGGUCCACUGUCAUGUCCCCUCCAGUGUUACAGCUGCAGCUGAGAAACAGUACUCACUCACUGAGCUUGUGGCAGAAUCUGAAGGCUGUACAGGCCAGUGGCCUGCUCACCCAGUUACCACAAAAAGAAGUCAUAAUGCAAGAGGCCAUGUUUGAACUUGUUACCUCGGAAGCAUCUUACUACAAGAGUUUGGAAAUUUUAGAGACUCACUUCCUACGCAACCCUGUUUUAAUCAACACUCUCAGCCAAUCUGAUAUGCAUUUUCUGUUCUCCAACAUUGAGGAAGUCAUGAACGCCAGUGAAAGGUUCUUGAUGGAUCUUGAGCACCGAAUUGAGAAAUCUAUUUUGAUUUCUGAUGUGUGUGACAUUGUUUACUAUCAUGCUGUGGAACACUUCAGUGUCUUCAUCAAAUACGUCAUUAAUCAGGUGUACCAGGAGAAGAACUACAGACGCAUUUUAGAGGGAAACCAGGCAUUUCGGGAAGCCAUGGUUGCACUUGAGAACCAUCCACGUGUCAGGGGCCUGUCCUUCACGUCAUUCCUAAUCCUUCCUUUCCAAAGAAUCACAAGGCUCAAGUUGCUAGUACAAAAUAUCCUGAAAAAGGCAGAAGAAAACUCAGAGAGGGAAGCCAGUGCUAUAAAAGCACAUCAGCAACUUGAGCAGAUUGUGAAAGAGUGUAAUGAGGGGGUGCGAAAAAUGAGUCGCACUGAGGAGCUUAUCAGCAUUGAGAAAACACUGGAGUUUAAAUCCAAGUCUGUGCCCAUCAUUUCCCACUCACGCUGGUUGCUAAAGAAAGGCGAAGUGCAGCUAAUGGCUGGACCUAAGAGCACUAGGACCAUGCGGAGUCGUAAACUCUACCAACCAGUCUACUUGUUCCUUUUCAACAAUCUACUACUGGUUACAAAGCGAAGUUCUAGCGGUGACAAAUUCCAGGUUCUCGACUCAUGUACACGGGCCAUGUUGAGGACUGAAGAUCUAGAAGAUCAGGGCCAGCUACUAGCCAGUAUCUUUAAUCUUAAACUGUUGGAGAACCAAGAAGAGCGUCCAGUCAGCUACAUGCUCAAGACCUCCAGUGUGAGUGAUAAACUUCGAUGGAUGUGUGCGCUCACUCCUAACCGGCGCACGCGCUUCAUGUCUACUAGUUCCCAUCAACCAGACUCUCCACAGGUGCAGUGUAUUCAAUCAUACUCAUCUCAGGAGCCAGAUGAACUAUCCAUUGAGAUGGCUGAUGUUUUAAAUCUUCUAGAGAGAACAGAUGAUGGCUGGAUGAUGGGUGAAAGACUCCAUGAUGGCGAAAGGGGCUGGUUCCCUAGUCGAGUAGUAGAGGAGAUCCAAAGCAUAGAGGUCCGAGCUCAGAACCUGAAAGAGGCCUUUCGGAUUCAGCAGACCCAGGAAGGUGGAGGAGGCCCACAAAUUGGGACUAGGACUGGUUUAAGGGCAGGGAGACGUACCCCAAAGGUCUCCAACUUGUCCAAUCCUUGGAUUGAUCAGAUGAUGGAGGGCAGUGAAGUAAAGCAGUAAAUCAGUGUCAGUGAAGCAUGAAGAGAACAACAAAGACAAAAAUAAUCAGGAUACAAUACAUCUGAUCAUUUAGAUUUUCACUUAACAAUGGAUGUUAAGCAAUGCUAAAUGUGUACUGAAGGUGUUGUAUAGGUCCACACACUGGUGUGUAACGCAAGGAGAUGUGUCUCUGGAGGCAAGAACCCUAAAAGUUCUUGUAAAUGUACUAUAAACAUUCUUCUGCUGCAUGGGCAAGUUUUAAAACUGUUCAUGUGUUCAUUUAAUUGUAAAAUACUUUCAGCACUUAAUGAUACCCCAUACUUACAACAGAGUCAAGUAUCUAAUAAAAUAAAUAAAAAGAAGAGUACUGUGUGAAAAUAGAUAGAUACUUUAUUAAUCCUGAGGGAAAUUCAAGUAUCCAGUAGCCCAUUACAGCAGUGUAGGUUAGUCAAAAAGUAAGCAAAC